CGCCUCCCCGUGCCACAGCAGUCAAGAUGAGGACGUGGAACUGCCUGCCUAGAGUGAUGUUCAAUCAAUGGCUAUUUCAAAUCCUGUUAGCGAUUUUAUUAGGUAAUGUCCAUAGAGCGACGGCCUCUCCCGAGCCCGGAAAAUGGGAAAUUACCUUUGACAACACUUCAAGACCGUUGCUGUUGAAGAAAGCCAUGUAUAAAGACACGGACAUACAGUUAAAAGUUGUGGGUGUUGGCUGUCCGGAAAUGGUGACCUUCACCAUUCAGUGGUACUUAAAGUUCUACCCGUGUCAGAAUGAGUUAAGGAAUAUCGAGGAGAUGUAUGAUAGAGUACCUCUGACUCGUGGGAACAGCCUGGACCCCAACCCUCAGCGAGUGGGCGAGUACAUCGAACACAUACACACCGACCUGAUCUGUAACAAGGGCCAGAGCACCUUCGCCAUGCUCAAAAAAGCCAAGGCAGGGCCUCGCAAUCAAGCUCCCCCUGCGAUCAAUGCCUCCCCAGUAUAUGAGAACUACACCAGGUGGCUCACCGAAGAGAUUGUCAAUGUCAACAAAUCUGUGAAGCCCAAGGAUGACGUCAUCGCCAGCACAUGGAAGGACGGACCCUACCUACUGGUGGUCAGCAUCAAAUCCAACAAACCAGACGUCAAAUGGAACCUAACAGUGAACGUCAUCAUGAAAGGAUCCCAUGGCUUUAUAUCGGUCACAGAGUGGCCGCUCAUGAUUUUCUACAUGGUGAUGUGCAUCGCGUACAUCCUGUACGCGCUGCUGUGGUUCGUGUGGGCCGCCUGCUAUUGGAAGGACCUGCUGCGGAUCCAGUUCUGGAUCGCCGGGGUCAUCUUCCUGGGCAUGGUGGAGAAGGCUGUGUUCUGCGCCGAGUACGAGAAUACCAACGCCGUCGGAUCGGCAUCUCAAGGCCUGCUGAUCUUUGCAGAGCUGCUCUCUUCCCUCAAGAGGACUCUGGCUCGCCUGCUGGUCAUCAUCGUGAGCCUGGGCUAUGGCAUCAUCAAGCCCCGCCUGGGGACGGUGAUGCACAGGGUGAUCGGGCUAGGCGUGCUGUACUUUGCCUUCGCUAGCAUCGAAGGAGUGCUCAGGAUCACUGGGGGCAUAGACAGCGGCACAGUAAUCAUAACCCUGAUUAUCCUGGCCGUGUUUGACUCCUGUUUCCUGUGGUUCAUAUUUGUCAGCCUGGCACAAACCAUCAAGACUCUGAAGCUGCGGCGGAACCCCGUGAAGCUGUCCCUCUACAGACACUUCACCAACACGCUCAUCUUCGCCGUCAUAGCUUCCAUUAUUUUCAUGGUGUGGACUACCAAGAAGUUCAGACUGGCAGAGUGUCAGUCGGACUGGAUGGAGCUGUGGGUAGAGGACGCCUUCUGGAGGUUCCUGUUCUCCAUCAUCCUGCUGGUCAUCAUGUUCCUAUGGCGACCAUCCGCCAACAACCAAAGGUACGCCUUCACCCCCCUGAUCGACGACUCAGAAGAUGACGAGGAAGUGGAGUUCCUCGCAUCGACCAACCUCUCGGAGGGGAUAAAGUUGAGAGCGGCCAAGAACGAGACCAACGGCACGGCCAAGCCUGCGCCCGCCACCGCGGAGGAAGACCUGAAGUGGGUGGAGGAUAACAUUCCGAGCUCCCUUACAGACGUGGCUCUGCCAGUGCUGCUGGAUUCCGAUGAGGAGAUCAUGACCACCAAGUACGAGAUGUCCAAGAUGGAGUGAACUUGACACCUUUGCCCCCCACCCCCCCCCCCCCAAACACACACACACACACACACCCCCAAGACCCCACCGCACCAGAAGGAGGUUCCAGCACAAGCGGUGGUCUGACGGGGGGUUCUCUCCGUCCCGUCAAGGGGGCUUUUUCGCGUUCCUUCUCUGUUCUGUUUACCCGCGUUAAUGUGACACAGCACCCUGUGAUUCCUCCUGGUUCUCCCGACGAGCCGACCGGCCCCUCCGGUUAGACUGGGGGGAGACCCGCGCUUCGUCCCAUCCAGGUGGGCUCACCUCACCUGCAGAGAUCACCUGGUUCCCUCUGCGUCGUGGCGUUCAGAGAGCCCAGAGGUGGGCUUCACGGUGAGCCUCUCCUCCGGCGUCGGGGAGACGGUAUCUCUGGGGCGGUCUUAUGUCCGAGACCCUGCGUCUCCCGCCGUCUUCUCUGCUGCGAUAGAUCGCCGCUCUGCCCCAGCAUUUGGAGUGGCAGCGGUCGUGUAUUAACAGAUUAAAUAUUUAUUUAUUUUUUAUUUUUUAUUUUUUUCCGCGUGUGUGAAUUUAUAUCUAAUCUAAGAGCGAGUAGUUGACCACAUGCAUGAUCUCUAGUAAAGGAUUAUAUGUAUUUUUUUGAUUUGUUUGCACAGUUUUAUAUGGCGUCCUGUACAGUAAUGUAUGUGGUCGUAGGGACGGAUGCAGAGAUAAAUUGAAGUGGGUUGUGUACAGUGUUGGAGAUUAAAAUGGAGACGUGUAUGGAAUGGAUCUAGUGAUUUUUUUUUAAGUGCUUUUUUUGUAAUUAAUAUAUUCGCCCACAAACGCUUUAUAUCAAUAAAUUCUAUUGUUUCAUGUUGUUCAGGUUAAAGUAUAUUGCAGUUAACUUGAAAAGGGCUUGUUUGCAGAUUAAGAUGAAUAGAUAAUAAGACUGUCGCAUUAUAGCAAAGCAAAAUGGGGAGUAGCCAAGAUUCCUGAAGUACUCUUUUCAACCGAUAGAGAACAUACAACAUCUAACAGGCUAGUCUUACACACACCUAAAGCGGAGCUUAUGUCAUUGUGGAGGGCUGUUGGGAAUACUCUUUCUUUUAUUUAUUUGUGUUUUCAAGUGUACUUAAUUGUGAGGGCCUUUUUAGUUUGAGUAAUGUUUACUCUAAAUCUAAAUGUAUGUGAAUGUGUGUUCCCCCUUUUGGUGGAUUAUUUGACUCGCGCCGUAAAAUGUAGUAAAUGAUGUCACCUUUUUUUUGAAAAAUACUCUUUUCUUUUCUGGAAAAAAAAUAAUCGCUGUGGUGGAUUCUUAAACGGUGCUCUCCCCGUCAUAUUAGUUCUACGUUUGUGGCGGCCCGAUCCAGCGUCCCCGUCCCCCCGGCUGGCUCCUGGCUCUAUGCAACAGGUCCACGUUAUGGCACAAUGUCGUCACCAUGGUUUUACAAUGUAGUUAUUAAGAUUCCUGUGUUUUCUAUAAAUCUAAAUAUGUGAAGGAAACCUGGAAUAAUCGCGUUCAUGAUGGCAAAGUGCUACUUUCUUCUCCCCCCCUCUCCCUCUGGGUUGAUGUGCAGUCUGCCUUGGACGGGUGAUUAUUUGUACAGAUGGGCUUUGGCUCCAUCCCGCUCUUUCCAAGCUGCACAGGUGGAGAGGUGUUCGCGUUCUGGGACCUUUUUCUUUUCGGGGGGUUCUUGAACUUUACGUGCGGUCGGGGACUCUCCCUUCUCUUCGUUUCUCUCCAGCUCGGACCCUCUCCGCAAACCAAAUUGUGUAAAGAGUCACAGGGGUCCCAUCUCUCUUACGUCUUCAAUAAAAUCUAUAUUUUUCCUUAAAUUCGUGCCCUGUUCUUCUGUGCAAAACGUAUUGCGGGUGAUGCCUUUACAAACACAGAUUCGAAGUGUAAUGCUACAAAAAAAACUGAAAUAAUGAGUGGUGACAAGACAAGAAUGACAAACUAGUCAGCAAACACCGGAAAUAAACUAAACCUAAGAGAAUAUUGCAUGCAGUGCUUUGUGACCACAAUACAAUGUAGUCUCAUGAUCAAACCAAAGAUGAUGUGAAAGCAGCCUGUGAAGUGAUGCGGCUUUAAUGGAAUGAAUUGGAAAAAUGUAGAUCAUGCCUCUGUUCUUUCAUGCGCUCAAUGAGCCGCUCCUUCUGCUCCUUCAGCCUGUGGGCUGAAGUCCAUCCAGGUGACCUUCAACUCGCACUGUUUUAAGUCCAUCGUUCUGAAAUCUGCGUUAAACCAACCAGAUCUGGUAUUUAGGGGCCCAGGAAUGUUGAGCUGCAUUCAAGCAACCCAAUAAACCCAUUCUAUUGACAUUGUCUUAUAUAGCCACUACUACUACAACGAGUGUUAUGAUUUAUUAUGGCCCACCCAGAACGUAAUACAUCUUAAUAACACAACCCUUUGUUUUGCUUCUUUGCUCUCAAAAUGAUGAUUUGGGGCAUGAAUUUCCUCACAUUAAAGGAUCUAUUGGUGACCCCUACCCAAUUUUCUGUUCACUUUUCACACUUGCAUUCCAAACCAACCAAUCCGUCCCACUGUACAAAAUAGGCCUCCAUCUUAUUUUCAUAGGGAUUCACCAGGAGCAGGAGAGGAGGGUAGAGCUUCUAGCGUUUCACUUUGAAAGGGCUCAUGGAUUUAUGCAUGGCUCUCCAGGUAGACAAGGCGAGGCGAUGUUGUUCCAGGACUAUACAGUACAGCUCGUGGCAUGGCAAUGCCCUUGGAAUCCAGAGAAUUUGGAAUGUGGAGGUUUUUCUUUUUUUCCUGAAAAGGUCCUUAUAUAUGUUACCUGAUACCUAUGAAAAUAUGCACCUUUCUGCUGUGAUCUAAGCACUGCAGGGUUCACUA